AUGGUUCCCAUCCCUCACCUUGUUCUGUCCCUCCGCCUGUCCCUUUCUGCGACACCUCUGCACACACCUAUUGUAUCUAUGCGGGCCCCCAUCUCCCGUACUUCCCGUACUCUACGGCCAUUAUCCAACCCCUGGGGAGCAGCUGCGGGCGGACCCAUCAUCAACCUGGGGUCAGCUGGGAAUACCCUGGUGGCGGGUAAUGUCAGUACUCCAGGGAGCGGGGAUGCGGGUGCCCGGGCGCUAUCUGGGGGCCUCACGCUGGCGGGCCAGCAGGCGGUACCCGUUUUGACCGUCUCUGUCGCGGGGCCCAUCACUACGUUCACGCGGGGUCAAAGCUCCGACUUUCGCAUCUUCUCAUUCUCGCUGGCCACCGUCUCCAAAUCCGCCAACGAGUCCGAGGCGCAGCAGCAGCAGCAGCUGCAGCAGCAGAAGGAGCUCCUGAAGAAGGAGCUCCCCCGGCUGGCGGCCAUGCAGCACCAGGCGCUGAAGGGCGCCAGAGAUGCGCUCAAAGAAGACAAGGAACGCAAGAAGCAGGAGCAGCAGGAUAAGGCAAAACAGAUGCAGAAGGAUCGGAAACAUUCGGACGGGAAGCCCGUCGACGAUGCUGAUGAUGAUGAUCGGGAUAAGGGGAAUGACGGCAAGGAUAAGGGCAAGGGCGACGGCAAGGAUAAGGGCAAGGGAGAUAACGGCAAUGACAAGGGCAAGGGAGAUAACGGCGGUGAUAAGACCGGCAAGGGAGAUAACGGCGGUGAUAAGACCGGCAAGGGAGAUAACGGCGGUGAUAAGACCGGCAAGGGAGAUAACGGCGGUGAUAAGACCGGCAAGGGAGAUAACGGCGGUGAUAAGACCGGCAAGGGAGAUAACGGCGGUGAUAAGACCGGCAAGGGAGAUAAUGGCGCAUGCCCCGACUGGUCUGUAUGUGUCUUGCGUGUCCUAGACCUGCGCAGCGGCGGCGCGGGUGGCUUUGUACGGGUGCAACACGAGGAGCUCCCUAACUUCCCGUCUCAAGACUCCAUCAACACUGUGGGUCAAGUGACCACCUUUGGAGCCACUAACAUAUUCGGAUGGACCAGGGCCAUCGUGCGGUCCUUCGGCUCAGCUCUGGGCACCAACCGCACCCGUGUGCAGUCCCAGGGUGGGGGUUUCGGCACCGGCAUCACCAGCACCAGUGUAUACACGGUUGGGGUGACCCAGCUGCAGGAGGUGCUGUGUAAGCCAGCUAAAGACGGGAAGGGAUGGCAGCAGGAGGAGCGGCAGGAGGCGCAGGGACAGGAUCAGAAGCAAAAGCGGAUUCACACGCUGCGAGAGGGAGACAAGCUCCUUCCUGACAAGGCGGAGCUUCUGGACACCGGCAAUGGCGACGGCAGCAGCUAUGGCGGAAGCGGUGACGGUUCCGGUGAUGCGCUUUCCGAGCUGUUACGAGCUGCAGCUGUCGCACCGCUGCCCGGGGACCUCUUCCUGUCGGACCGUGGCGGUGGCUCUGAGAGAGACGCACGCAAUGUUCGCCUGUUCGUCGAGGCAGAUGAGGACGAUGGUGGGUUCAAGGGCGCCGGCGUUUCUGAUGAUGGAAUUGGGCGGGCCACUCGCAGUGGCGGUAGAAGCGACGGAAAGGGAAAGGGAAACGGAAAGGGCAGCGGAAAGAAUGGUGUCAACAUAGCUAGCAAGGGCGUGAUCUACAACUCAGCCGAUGAAUGCGAGGAGGCGCUACGACAGCAGGCGGAGCAGCAGGAGAAGCAGGAGAAGCAGCGGCAGCAGCAGCAGCAGCACGCGAAGCACCAGCAGCAUCAGCACCAGCACCAGCAGCAGCAGGGAAAGCACUAG